AUGGAUUUCCCCCAGCACAGCCAACAAGUUCUGGAGCAGUUGAACCAGCAGCGGCAGCUGGGUUUGCUCUGCGACUGCACCUUCGUGGUGGACGGCAUCAACUUCAAGGCCCACAAAGCCGUGCUGGCGGCCUGCAGCGAGUAUUUCAGGAUGCUUUUCGUCGACCAGAAGGACGUGGUGCACCUCGACAUCAGCAACGCGGCCGGCCUGGGCCAGGUGUUGGAGUUCAUGUACACAGCUAAGCUAAGCCUAAACCCUGACAACGUGGAAGACGUGCUGGCCGUGGCGGGUUUCCUCCAGAUGCAGGAGAUCGUCAGCGCUUGGGCCAACAAGGCGACCACUGAGGACAAGACAGCGGUGGCGGAGGAAGCCGUGGGUCGUCCUGAUAGAACAAAACCAGUUCCUCCUGACCCCGAGGGGAAGGACAAGACGCCCGCGGCCGCACAGCCCGAGACACAGCCGGGCGGCCAGGAAGAGAUGAAGUUGGAAGGGAAGGAGCAAGAGGGGCAGAUGACGGUGGAGGACGAAGAGGAGGUGAAAAUCCCCGAGGAAGAGCAGGCCCGCUUAGAAAAUGGAGAAAACGCUGAGGAUAACGAAUCGGGAAGCACCGACUCCGGGCAGGAAAACUCGGGCGAACCCCGUCUGCUGCGUUCGGGUACUUACAGCGACAGGACCGAGUCGAAAAUGGAGAAAACGCUGAGGAUAACGAAUCGGGAAGCACCGACUCCGGGCAGGAAAACUCGGGCGAACCCCGUCUGCUGCGUUCGGGGGGAGGCCAAAUGCCGCUGCGACGACUGCGGCAAGCUCUUCUCCACCUCCGGCAACCUCAAACGGCACCAGCUGGUCCACAGCGGCGAGAAACCCUACCAGUGCGACUACUGCGGGCGCUCCUUCUCCGAUCCCACCUCCAAAAUGCGGCACCUGGAGACCCACGACACCGACAAGGAGCACAAGUGUCCCCACUGCGACAAGAAAUUCAACCAGGUGGGGAACUUGAAGGCUCACUUGAAGAUCCACAUCGCGGACGGGCCCCUGAAGUGCCGGGAGGGCGGCAAACAGUUCACCACUUCAGGGAACCUGAAGCGGCACCGCGAGAAGCCGUGCCAGUGCUUGAUCUGCGGGAAAGCCUUCACCCAAGCGAGCUCCCUCAUCGCCCACGUGCGCCAGCACACGGGGGAGAAACCCUACGUCUGCGAGCGCUGCGGGAAGAG